AUGUCAAUCCUCCCAUAUCCGUUUCGUUCGCCAUCCCCUUCAGCACCUCUGAUAGCACAAACCCUGGAGUUUCGAGCCAGUGCGGUUAACGAGCAGAAAAAAGCACGCGCCAUCCGCAUCACGGUUGAGCAAACGGUCAAUCAGGAGCUGCAGAUGCUGCCAACCGACGUGGAAUCACUGCGUCAGAUGUUGCAUGGACGCGAGGCAAUGGUUGCCCGGCUGGCACAAGAGCGUGAAGCCAGUCUGCAGUCCAUACUGCAACAUGUCUCGAGUCUGCAACUGGUCGACUCGGCCGAUCUUCUCGUGCCAGCGGAAUCGGAACUGCGCGCCACUUGGGCCGAUGUCGAUCGUGUGGCUGAGGCGGCACUCGCGGAGUUGCGCAGGACGACCGAGGCGUAUGAAGUGUUCGAAGAGACAUUUCAGCGCUUGACCAACGUGCUGGCUGGCGCCAAGCACCUCGUUGAAGGUAAAGCCACAGUGAGCUCGGUAGCAGCAUUAGCGAUGGCCGUCACCGAUGCAGGAGACUCGGGUGCCUUGGACAUCACUCGUCUCGGACUCGAUUUGCUGUCUCAG